CGUCGGGUCCUCCGGGCAUAAAAAGGAGGUGCCCCCUCCCUCGUCGAUUGUUCUUCAUCCAGCACCUGCUACAACCCUCGACCACCUUCUCCGGCUUCACCUUUCGCUUUCGACAGUCGGCAAUCGCAUAGUAGGUUCUCGACAAUGCACAUCCGCUCAUCCCUGCUCGGAGCGCUCUCGCUCUCGGCUGGCCUUGCCCAUGCUUCUCCAUUGAACUUUGCGAAACGUCAGUUCUUCGCCACCAACAAUGGCACUGCUACCAAUGGCACUGCCUCCGUCCUUCCCGCCUCUAUCUCCACCACCACCGUGACGGAGACCGUCACCGCGUCCACCUGCCCCCCGCCCUCGACUGUCACCUCCACCACCACUGUCUACACUGACGGUGGUGCUGCGGUCGCUCCUGUGGCUACUAUCAACCCCAGCGGUCAGUCCCCCAUCACCAUUACCGACCCCGCUCAGACAAUCACUGUGACCGCCACCAACUGGGUCGUGGAGACCACCUCGAUCACCUCCCCCGGCGUCUACGACCUCGGCGCCCAGCCCACCUCCAUCUCUGACGUCCCCGCCGCGAUCGUCUAUGCUUCCCCCAUCGAGACCACCACUACCGCUCCUUGGCAGUACUUUCCCGGCGGCUCCUUGUCUGACCCCAUCACCAUCACCGUCGAGGUCGGCUCUGGUCCUUCCCCGACUACUCAGGCCUUCCAGGUCGCUCCUGUUGCGGACACCUCUGUCGUGACUUCCUACGUCCCCGCUCCUACUACGAUCAUCAUCAACAACGACAUCACCAUUGAUGUGACCGUGGCCCCGACGUACAUCCAGUACACGACCGUCACUACCACUGUUACCUCUUCUGAGGUCCCCACCUCAUCUGGCGGUGCUGCUGUUGCCCCUGAUGCUACCUCCUCCACUGGUGGAGCCGGCGCUGUCGCUCCUACCGGCGCCCCCGGAGGUCUUCAGGCUUCUACUGCGGCUCCUUCCGCCUUCUCUUCCGCUCCUUUUGGUAACUUCAGCGCUCCCGCUACGUCUGCUGCUUCUUCCACUGGUAACGGUGGUGCUGCUGACCCCGCGAACACUGGAUCUGCUUCCGCUGCUCCUUCUUCUUCUGGUGCUGCUGGACCCUCUGGUAACCCCGGCGGCUUCCAGGGUGGUAUUGGAUCGGAUGCUUCCUCCACUGCUGCUCCUACCGACGGAACUGCUCCCACUGGCACUGUCGCUCCCUCUGGUAUUCCCUCGGGUGCCUCGGACAGCUCUGUCCCCGCUGGCCCCACGCCUACUGCCAGAUCUUUCUUGGUCAACGCCACCAUUGAUGGACUCCCCGUCGUUCUCAGCGUCGUCGCUGACCUUCCCGUCCUUGCGCCUUUGACCGGCAACAACAGUGGUGUCUUGCUCUCCAUUGACCCCAACGGUAACCUCGUCUUGGAGUCCGGCUUGGUUGCUGCUAUUGUCAACAACACUUUGCAGUUCAUUGACCCCAACGGUGACAUUCCUCUCCUGAGCGUUAUCCCCACUGUUAUCUCUGGACCUAACGGAUUGGAGUUGAGCGUUGACGGCGUUAUUCAGCCUACGCUUGCUUGCCCCGUUAACAUUAACGGCCAGGUCUUGAACGUUCUCAAUGUUGGCGUUGCUCUUGGUACCCAGUGCACCGCUGUCUCUCUCGCUGCGGCAGUUCCCGGUCUCCUUGACCCUAUCCUCUCCGCGUCUGUCGCCCUCUCCGAUCUUGUUCCCUCUGCCACUGAGGCCGUCGGCUCUAUCAUCUCCUCCGUCUUGGCUGUCCCUACCGCCGUCGUGAGCGAUGUUGAGUCUCUCUUGAGCGAGAUCUUGGCUACUCCUCUUCCCACCGUCUCCAUCCCCGCGGACAUCGUCCCCACUGACGUCGUUGCUGGUGCUUGCUCUCAGCUCGCUACUGCCGUCCCCAACGCUGACCUCUUGUUGGCCAAUAUCGCUGUUGCUACUUCUUCCAUCAGCGCUGAGGUCGCUUUGGCUCAGGCUACUUUGAUCUCUGCUUCCAUCACUACUCUGCCCACCGCUAUCCCUAUCCUCCAGAGCAUCGAGUCUGCCCUGGGUGUUGAGGCCAACAACAUUGCUUCCGCCACCGUUGCUCUCGGUGCCCCCGGCGCUACCGCUGUCUGUGAGACCGCUGAUGCUAUCGUGACUGACGCUGUCGACAUUGUUAACAGCUUGGUUAGCAACGCCAACGACCUUCUGGCUGCUUUGAUCCUCGAUGUCCAGUCUCUCCUCGCUAAUGUCCUUGGCGAUGUCACCUCCGACGUUGUUCCCGGAGCUACUUCCGCUGUUGCCAGCAUCGUUGACCAGGUCGUCACUUCCGUCUUGCCCGAAGUUACCUCCGCUGUCGGUGCCAUUGCUAGUGACGCUGCUGCGAUUCUGCCCGUUGGCGUCGCUACCUCCGCCGUUGACUCCAUCCUCUCCUCUGUUGUCCCUGACGCUACUUCCGCUGUUGGUGAUGUUGCCAGCGCUGUUUCCGAUGUUGCUUCCGACGUCUUGGCCGUCCCUACGUCCGUCCUCGGUGAUGUUGCGACCGACGUUUUGCCCGAGGUCACUACCGCUGUCGGUGAUGUUGUGAGCAGCGUUGUCGCUGGAGCUAUCCCCACCGCUACUGAGCUCGUUGCGUCUGUUGUCAGCGACGUCGACUCUGUUCUCUCCAGUGUCGUCGCUGACCCCACUGCCGUUGUUACCGAUGUCGUUUCCGUCGUGACUGAUGUUCUCGCUGUCGUUACCUCCGACCUUGCUACUGUUGUCACUGACGUCGCCUCUGUUGCUACUGGUGUUGUUGCUGGUGUCGAGACCGCUGUUGGUGACAUCCUCGCUACUCCCACCGACUCUGCCGCCGCCACUGAGACUACUUGUGACACCUCCGGCUCUAUCGUUCAGGUGAACGCUGCCAUCUCUGCUUUGAACGCUUCCCAGAACGCCAUUGCUCAGAUUGAUGCCGCUGUUUCCAUCGGUGACUCUACCGCUUUGCAGAACCUGCUCGGCGAGGCUCCCCUUGUCGCUGCUAACAUCACUGCCUUGGAGAACACCUUGACUCAGCUCGAGCAGGCCUUGAACGUUCCCACUAGCGCUGACGUCUGUCUCGGAUUGCUCGACCUCUCCACCGGCCAGAUCGCUACCGCGAACGUUGAGGCUAAUGUUGUUAACGGCUUGAUCACCGCUCUCGUCGACGACUUGACUAUCGGUGGCAACACGAACGGCUUGGUUGAGCUUAACGCCAUCGUUUCGGCUUUGGGAUUGCCCAUUACCGUUGACACCACCGUCGAUGCUGUUACUUCCGUUGUCGCUGACACUGCUGCUACCGCUACCUCUGUAGUCGCUGACACUGUUUCCACCGCUGCCGCUGUGGUCUCUGACACUGCUGCCACUGCUACUGCUGUUGUCGGUGGUGUUGUCGGCGGUCUUACUGGUGCUUUGGGACUACGCGUCUAAGAUGAGUGAUUGAUGCUGAUACGAUAGGAUGGGUUUCGUUUUACCACACUUUCUUCUAGCCGUUACCGCAUGAUCCAUAUGACAUGUGGUAGGCGUUGUUCUUGAUACCUUUUCUGCUUUACGGUU